AGGUCUAGAAAACCAGGAGGGUCCAUUCUCAUAACAAUGUCAGCAAAAUCCUCCCUCCUUAAAGUGAUCCUGCUGGGAGAUGGCGGAGUUGGGAAGAGCUCGCUCAUGAACAGAUACGUCACUAACAAGUUUGAUGCGCAGCUGUUUCAUACAAUAGGUGUGGAGUUCUUGAACAAAGAUUUGGAGGUGGAUGGACACUUCGUUACAAUGCAGAUAUGGGACACAGCUGGCCAAGAACGUUUUAGGAGUUUGAGGACUCCUUUCUAUAGAGGUUCUGACUGUUGCCUGCUCACUUUCAGUGUGGAUGACUCUCAAAGCUUCCAGAACUUGAGCAACUGGAAGAAAGAAUUCAUUUAUUAUGCAGAUGUCAAGGAGCCUGAAAGCUUUCCAUUUGUGAUACUGGGCAACAAAGUUGAUAUUAAUGAAAGGCAAGUGUCUGCAGAAGAAGCCCAAGCCUGGUGCAGGAAUAAUGGCAACCAUCCCUAUUUUGAAACCAGUGCAAAAGAUGCCACUAAUGUUGCAGCAGCCUUUGAAGAAGCUGUCAGAAGAGUUCUGGCCUCUGAAGAUAGAUCAGAUCACUUUAUUCAAACAGAUACAGUAAACCUUCAUCGGAAACCCAAACCCAGUUCAUCUUGCUGUUGACUUAUUAUUAUUUUUUGCCAUAUUACUUUUCACUAGCUUGCUCUGUAAGAGGGUUGAAAAGGUGUGGUAGAUAAAAUAACAAAUGGGUUUCACUCUAAUAUUAAAAUUGUAAUACUCUGCUGCUUUCUUGGGGGAGCGAAGGGGAAACAUAAGAAACUUCCACUCAUGAGUGACCCACUAUUAAAUUAGUGACAUCUUUUGUUUAGGAAGGUGUCAAGUAAAAAUAUACUAAUACAAGAAUGUAAUUUGCCAAGUUAAUCAAAUGAUAAAUACUUUGAAUAUAAUUAAAACUUGAAAGUUCUAGAAGCACUACUUUGGAGAAACUGUUCUGGAAUUGAGAUAUAAAGAAACUUUUAUAUAUGUAUAUAUAUUUUUAUGGAAUCAGUGUUCCAUUUUUGUUUCACUAAAGGGUUCGUAACAAUGCCAGAUAUUAAAUUUCAGUCUCAUUACA